AUGGCCCAUGAAGAGCUCCAGUACUUGAACCUCAUCAGAGACAUCCUUGACAGGGGUGAGCAUCGACCCGAUCGAACUGGCACAGGCACCCUAUCUCUCUUUGCCCCGUCCCAGCUUCGCUUUUCCUUGCGUGAUGGUACUUUCCCGCUCUUGACAACCAAGAAGGUCUUCACAAAGGCCAUCUUCCACGAACUAUUGUGGUUUGUCAAGGGCAGCACCAAUGGCAAGCUGCUCGCAGAUCUAGGAGUCAAAAUUUGGGAUGGCAAUGGCUCACGCGCCUACCUCGACAGCAUUGGUCUCACGAACCGCGCAGAAGGCGACUUGGGCCCAGUGUAUGGCUUUCAAUGGCGGCAUUUCGGUGCAGAGUACAAGGAUUGCCACACAGACUAUACAGGCCAAGGCGUGGAUCAACUCGCUGAAUGCAUUCGCAAGAUCAAAACGAGCCCUUAUGAUCGUCGCAUCAUCUUGUCUGCUUGGAAUCCAGCAGAUCUGGGCAAGAUGGCUCUCCCACCCUGUCACAUGUUUUGCCAAUUCUAUGUUUCCUUUCCUAAAGCCACAGCAACUGAUCGAGGAAGAGGCGAAGUGUCGUGCUUGCUUUACCAGCGGUCGUGUGACAUGGGUCUGGGCGUGCCCUUCAAUAUCGCGUCUUAUGCACUGUUGACGCGGAUGGUAGCGGAAGUCUGUGAUAUGGAUGCCGGUGAGCUAAUCCACACGAUGGGUGAUGCGCACAUCUACAAGGACCACAUUGAUGCGCUUCGUGUGCAGCUGGAGCGUGAACCCAAGCCGUUCCCAAAACUGGAGAUCAAACCAGCAGCUGAGCCACGGGAUAUCGAUGAUUUCAAGUAUGAAGACUUGGUCGUGGUAGGGUAUGAGGCAUGGCCUGCCAUCAAGAUGCAGAUGUCUGUGUAG